CAGGGACGCAGGGAUGUCGUCAUCUGCUGUCAUUGCUGAAACAACUUCCUGUUUUCUCGGUCAUGCUGACCACAUAACAGCCCUGCUGCUUUCUGAAGAUGAGAUAUUUUGUUGACAGCGUUCAUAACCCGUUCUCACAAAGCAGCGUCGCACGCUCACGAGACCCGGAGUGCGGCACCAGGCCACGGCAGCACCAUUAGCAUGCUGCUGUCGCAGCUGCCGGAGGAUGUUCUCUAUCAUAUCUUGUCUCAUUUGGACUACAAAUCCCUUAGUCGCCUCUCUCAAGUUUGUAAAACCAUUUACCACUUCGUGAACCGGGACGUGGUGUGGAGGAAGAUCGCCAAAGAGUUUUUAAACACUGGAAUCACUCGGAACGGGACGGACAUAUAUCCUUCCAUCCCACUGAAGGAGAGGGUGAAGAUAGCUCAGAACUGGUAUGAUGGGGUCUGCAAAAGGGCAAUUCCUCUUAAAUGGAAAACAAAACUGUUGCCGUGGUUGCAGCUGGAUGGGAAUGUCCUGUUUCUGUCUCAUGCGGCUGACAUUCGAGCGUACCGUCUGCGCCCGGACUCUGGGAGGCUCCAGCGCAACCCGUUUGAAAUCUACUCGGGUCACAAGGGUGAUGUCUGCCGCUUCGUCCUGACGGACUCUCACCUGAUCAGCGGCGGAAGUGACGGCAGGAUCCUGGUUCACAGCAGGAGGAGGGACAAGACCUUGGAGUUGUCUGGUCACAACCAGGAAGUCAACUGCCUGGACUCUAAAAAUGGACUCAUCGUCAGUGGAUCCAGAGACCAAACAACCCGGAUUUGGAGUCUGACCUCCAGCUGCCCCAGAGACACCAUCCCCAUGUAUGACAGAGUGUGGUCUGUUGCUAUUAGUCCCACAUUGAGAUCCUUUGUGACGGGCACUGCGUGCUGCGAGAACGUCUCCCCUCUGCGCGUCUGGGACGUUGAACGGUGGGUGAAGAGCUGCUCUGGCCUGCUGCAGCACUGUGCAACCUGCAACUUAUCCGAGUGUGUCUGCAGCCUGGGCUUAGAGUUCCGUCGAGGGGCCGGUGUGCUGGACAUGGUGUUCGAGUCUCCGUUCCAGCUCCUCACCUGCGGCUACGAUACCUUCAUCCGCCUGUGGGACCUGCGACUCAGCCCACGAUUGGUGGAUUGGCGCUCCCUUCACACCAGGCGGCUACAACAGCUGCGUGUGCUCUACAAAUCCAUUUUGGGAAUGACCCCCCGCUACCUCUCAAAUCUUCUGCACAUUUCCGACAGCAAUCGCCAUUGCUUCAUUCGGCUCAUCAUUCCAAAAGUCCGCCCUAACAGCCCUCAUCCCUCUCAGCAUAUUCAAACAUAAGCUGCAACGAGCCAUAGUUGACUGCUGUAUUUGCUAACCAGCCCUCACUUCUCUCUUCCAUUUUUUACAAAGUACUUCCAGUAAUCUGCCUUUUUUAAUUCAACUAAACUUAACUAAAUGAGAAUAGGUUCUCAAUGGAUUUUACCUGGUUAAAUAAAGGUCAAAAUUUCCGUGGUAAUUACGUCUAAAAUGUUAAAAUGCUUUACAACAGUUAUGAUAUCCUGCUCCUUUCUAUCACAAGGCGCCUCUUCUUCAAAUUGUGUCAACACCCCCAUCCAUCCCAUACAGGAAGUGCGUAAUGGAGUGGGAGGAACCUCAUGACAGUGCGCUCUACUGCAUCCAGACGGAUGGGAAUCACAUGAUAGCCAGCGGCUCGUCGUACUACGGCGUGGUGCGACUCUGGGACA